AGAGACAGAAGAGAAAAGACGAAGAAAAAGAGAUCAUUGAUUCUGUCCCAUUAACCUUUGACAAAAAUGUCGGGCGAAUCGUGGACAGCGUAUGGAUUUAAGUUUACCUGCAAGCUUGCGGCGAGAGUGGGUUUAAAUGUGGCAAUGCCUGGAGCAGGGUCUGUUGUAGAUUUCACUGAAGCGGCGUGGAAUUUAUAUAAUGGUGAUAUCGUUGGCGCACUGAUUAACACUGUCUCCGGAGUAUCAGACAUUCUUACUCUAGGCUUGUCGAGCGCUGCCAAGGAUGUAGCGAAAGAGAGUGGAAAAAAGGCUGUUUCUGAGGCCGCUAAAGAAAGUGCGAAGACAGCUUCAAAGAAAGCGACCAAAGAAGUUGGAGCAAAACUGGCAAAAGAUCUGGCAACUGGCACAAUAACUGCUUCUACAAAAGCCGCUGCUAUUGAUGCCGCCAAGGUUACCGCGGGCUCUGCUGCCAAAGAAGCAACUAAAAAGGUGGGUAAGCAAGUUGGAAAAGAUCUGGCAAAAGGAGUGGUUAAUGACGCAAUUGAUAAAGUUUUUUACGAUAGUACCAAGAUCACUUUUCAAAACUUGGUAAAAGCUGGGUCGUCUUCAAUACUCUCCAGUGGCGGAAAAAGCGCCGCCAACACCGUUGCAACAGAUCUUUUACAAGAGUUUGGAGAAAAAUAUUUUGUAGACCUAUUUAAAGGCAGCGUGAAGCAAAAUGUUCAAAUGUUUGCAUACCGUGACUUUGUGUGGAAAGCAGCUUUGAAAAGUGCCAAAAAAGAGUAUGCGAAUUAUGCUACUAAAGUCCUUGUCAAAGAUUUGGCGGUUGCUUCUGCUAAGGGAGGGUUAAACCGAUAUGGGGUCGAGAAAUGAGAGGAUAAUUGGGUAGGAUUCUUUCAUUACUACUCUCCUACAUAUUAUAAUAAUCCAAUGUUUAUGAGUGGCACUUUUCCAAAAAACAUCAAAAAAACCCAAAGGGGCAAAUGACGCAAUGAUAUGAUAGAAUUAUUUUAUUUAGAUCUUACCAUUUGAAUUAAAGAAUUAAUACUUUGCAAGGGUAUUAAAGAGGUACAAAAAAACAAGAGGGGAAAAAUGAUGUACAACAGGAAAGGUUAUCUUUGAUUGCGGAUGACAAAGUUUAAAAACUUGGGCUAAAUUUCUUUACUACAUCCGUAAAUCAUGACGAAGCUUCCUUCCAAUUUUACGACGGCAUCUUAUAUUGCUGACAAUUAGUAUAAGCAGAAACAAAAAAAAAUUGAUCAACAUCUGUCGAUUGCAGGGAUCUGUCUAUUGUCACUUUCCAUGCUAUAGCUGAUUUUUUCCCCCCAUUCUUGUUUUCNG